UCCACAAUCGCCCCAUCUUUUACAUCUUCUGCAUCGUUCACAUCGUCUUUAAGGAAGAAAGUUGCAAGCAUUGCGUCGGCAGGCGCUUUCUUCGCCGAAUGCUUGGACUCGAGGCCAUAUCGAAUCUUUUCUGUGCGAGAGUUCUGCGAAAGCUUAUUCAACAGUCGUCGUGCUGCAAAUGCCAGGAUCGUGUCCGUUCAACGAUAUGGGGAUCUUCAAGGGGUGCCGCACCGAUUUCUCAUCAUUCAUGUCACUCGAGCCGAUGGAAGGGAGUUCUACCUCCGGUUGGAUCGCAGACGGGACCGCCAAGUUCCCUUGUUGUUGUUUGGGGUACGGGAUUUGGGAACGUCACGUGCGAUGGAUACGACUCGACCACCUUCUUGAUUUCACCAAUACCAAGUCCGGCGUAGAGGCUGUCAUGGUGUUCCCUACUCCUGCUCCUUUGAUCGCGGCUGCGCAAAUUAUGUAUGCUAUCGCAGCGGAAUCUCCUGGUUACAAGCUAACCAAAGAAAAUUGUUGGUUUUUCGCUUCCACCAUUCAGGAAAUGUUGAUGCGGAUGUUUGGGGCAAAGUAUGAGAAAGGGCUUCUUAACCAUCCCACGAUCGGUCCCUCGAGACGAGAACCCAUCAAAGUUUUGACAUAUCCGCACAUUGCGAAAGAAAUUAAUGACACAUCAGAGACAAUUCUAAGAUUCGCUCGUUUACUCCCAGACUCAAAGUUGGCGAAGGCUGUUAAGUUCGUCCUCGACGCUGUAAAAAAUCACCAUGCGUUUGCAUAUCAGGGUUUUUCGCCAUCCAAUGCAUCUCAAGCCCCCCCAUCCACCCGAGAACUCCUUGCUGCCCUGCAGCAGGCAUUGCACGAACACGUACAUGGAUGCAAUGGAAUUCAAGGAGCACGGAUGUUCUCAACUAGUUUCACCGAUACAUUAAUUCAGAUCCUCCCAUCGUUGGAACAACUUCAAGAAGAUAAUUUCUCUACUCCAAUAUCGGGUAUUAUACGCCUCUUAGAAUCAUCUGUAUGUGGAUCACGCUGGAGUCGUGGACUGUCUAAUCCAUCCACUAGCUGCAGGAAGCUCUUCCGCUGCAUCGUCGUUCCGCAGUUACCUAUCAUUCGCUCAAAAGUGACCUGGAUCCAUUUUUCAGGCUCUCUCCGGGGAAAGACACGGUGCUCCUCACAUUGGAGCUGCUUGGGCGAUGUGCGGUGCUGGAUCAGUUGCCAACGCUAUGGCGUUUCCAACUAGAUGCAGAAAUUCCUGAUCUCCAACCUGAGUUUGAGAGGCUGAUGACGACGCAGCUGAAGUUUGUGUGUCGUCAUUGGGUCACUCUCCUUU